AAAUUAAUUAAAACUAUACAAAAUAUUACAAUAACCAUGUCUGCCACCAAAGUACCACCAUUAACAUAUAAAGUUAUUGCUGAGUGUUCUGCUUCGAAGGCUAGAGCGGGUCUUAUGACACUGAGGCACAGUGAAGUUAAUACACCGGUGUUUAUGCCAGUUGGAACACAAGGUACAAUGAAAGGUAUUCUACCGGAUCAAUUGAUCGAGCUAAAUUGUCAAAUACUACUGGGCAACACCUAUCAUUUGGGCAUGAGACCGGGCAUAGAGACGCUCAAGAAAGCUGGUGGUCUUCAUAAGUUUAUGGGUUGGCCCAGAGCUAUUCUAACCGAUUCGGGCGGUUUUCAAAUGGUAUCCCUGUUGCAAUUGGCCGAAAUAGACGAGAAUGGUGUUAAUUUCCGAUCGCCCUUUGAUAAUAGCGAGUGCAUGUUGACACCUGAACAUUCCAUAGAGAUUCAAAAUGCUAUCGGCGCCGAUAUUAUGAUGCAAUUGGAUGAUGUGGUUAAGACCACCAUAACAGGACCCAGAGUAGAAGAGGCUAUGCAUCGCACCAUUAGAUGGGUGGAUAGAUGUAUAUCAGCUCAUGCUAGAGAUGAUGAUCAAAGUUUAUUUCCCAUUGUCCAAGGUGGCCUGGAUAAGGAGUUGAGAAAGCAGUGUGUGGCCGGUUUGAUGGAGCGCAAAGUGAGAGGUUAUGCUGUAGGCGGCUUAAGUGGUGGCGAGAGUAAAGAUGAAUUUUGGCGUACAGUGCACACCUGUACGGAUUUACUGCCCAGAGAUAAGCCACGUUACUUGAUGGGUGUGGGCUUUGCGGCUGAUUUGGUUGUUUGUGUGGCCUUGGGUAUCGACAUGUUUGAUUGUGUUUUUCCCACGAGAACAGCACGUUUUGGUAGUGCUUUGGUCAUGUAUGGCCAGUUGAAUUUAAAACAGAAGAAAUAUGCCUUAGAUAUGCGGCCCAUCGAUGAUGAUUGUGAUUGUAGCACAUGUAAACUUUAUACUAGAUCAUAUUUGCAUCAUAUCGUAACAUUUGAGAGCGUGUCUUGCAGUCUUUUAAGUAUUCACAAUAUAGCAUUUCAAUUGCGUUUAAUGCGCACAAUGCGUGAGGCUAUAGAACGAGAUGAAUUCCCUAAAUUUGUUAGGGAAUUUAUGGAGUUACAUUUUGCAAAUGAACCUGUACCUAAAUGGAUUAGAGAGGCUUUGGCGGCUGUGAACAUAGAAUUGCCGGACGAAAAAUUGAGUAAGAGGAAAACCGAUGAGGCUAGUGAAACAGCGGAAGUUGAGGCAAAACGUGUUGCCUAAGUGAUAUUGAUGUUAAAUAAAAUUGGAAAAAAUCGAGAAA